AUGCGGUCGUUCCUUGCCGUACCCUUUCUUUUAAGCUCCCUGGGAUCAUCCUCACCUAUUGACAUCAGAUCCGCUUCACAGAACGAUAUCAGAGCUCCAGAACAAACACGCGUUGGCUACUUCGAUGGAGAUACCUUCUACUCCCCGCCCUUUGCUCCUCCUCGUUGGGCAGGCGACAACGAGGUAUAUGAAGACAACGAUAGCCCCAUUUCUGAUAAAACCUUCCCAGACUGGCCCACGACCCAUCUCCUAGCACGACGCCUGCUUGCUGUUUCCUCCACCGCUGUUCUUUCUACCGUCUAUCCAAAAGGCUAUAGAGACAGUACUCUUGAGGGAACGCCUAUUGGUCUACCCGACUAUAUCGCCGACUGCUCUGCCCAUGAUAACAACGUUGCCCUAAGGAACAUUCUUGGGCGAGGAAACCCUCUUUUACUUGCCUUGAAUGUUGGUACAACGUUUAGAAACGCAAAGGCCGGGUCUAAGGUUUCUCUGUCAGUGGACUGGUGGCAACAUUCCCGUAUUCCUCCGAAAGGAGGAGACCCUCUAGAUCGUGUGCCAGCUGGACUUCCUCGUCUUUCACUGAUCGGCCGUAUCGAAGAGAUUCCACUCGAUUCGCUAUCGAAAGGGGAUCGGCAAGCAGUUGAACAAUGCUUCCUACAACACCAUUCAGACGCAAAGUACUGGCUUCCGGGGUCUCCCAAAUCUCCACAUAGUGGCUACUGGGCACGGUUGGUUGUUGAAAAGGCAUUCUGGGUGGGAGGGUUUGGUGAUAGAGCGAGAAUAGGCUGGCUUGACAUGGAUACUUGGAAGGCCAUCCCUGAGAACAGUAAGGAUGGGAAGAAGGGGUGGGCCGAUAUUAAAUUGCCAGGAGAGUGA